AAGUAGAUUCUUCAUUAUGGUUCACGUUGAAGAAUCUUUGCAAUUGCCAAGAGAUUUUGAAGAAGGCCAUGAUCCUCGAUGGCCUAACGGUGCUCGCAUAGCUGUAUCGUUUGUCCUGAACUACGAAGAAGGUGGCGAGAGAAAUGUCCUAGAUGGUGAUGGGACCAGCGAGGCAUAUCUCUGGGAGAAAGGGCCAUCUGGAGGCGGCAGAGAAAAUCGCCAUCUGAACGGCGAGCAGGACUUUGAAUAUGGAAGUCGAUGCGGUGCCUGGCGUAUCCAUCGACUCAUGAAAGAGUUCGGUUGGAAGAUGACUCUGUGGGCCGUCUCCGUCGCUAUGGAGAGGAACCCUUCCUUCGCAAAGGCUUGCGUACGUGAUGGUCAUGAGAUCGGCGCGCACGGCUACAGAUGGCUCGACAUCUGGGACUAUUCCUUUGAAGACGACAAAGCCUACAUUAAGAAAAGUUGCAAGACUCUUGAGGCGGCCACAGGAGAAUUUCCAAGCGGAGCUUAUUUUGGCAGAGGUACUCCGAACACUGCAUCUCUGUUGCCACUGAUGUGGAAAGAAAUGGGCCACAAGUUGCUCUACACAUCUGAGGUAUACAACGAGGAUUCGCCGUAUUGGAUCGAUCUUCCAUGGGAAAUGCAGCUUCCGGAUGCCGAAAAAGAAGGCAUGCUGAUGGUCCCAUACAACUACGACUGUGAGUAUCGUAUUCCUGGUUCGAUGAUGGAAACUGAUGGAUACCUCCAGGCNAAUGACGGAAAGUUCCACAUGAGCCCAGGUUUUGUCAGCUCGAGCGGAGCGACUUAUGAGCAGUAUCUCAAGGAUGCGUUCGACUGCCUAUACCGAGAGGGUGGAAAGAUGAUGACGAUCCCAAUGCAUAGUAGAAUCGUUGGAAAGCCAGGCAGGUCGGAAAGUCUUCGGAGAUUCAUGAAAUACAUCUCAAAGAAAGAAGGUGUGUGGGUGACCACGCGCAGGGACAUAGCGAACCACUACCGGGAGAAGUUUCCUUAUAGGCCAGGUUCAAAGACUGGUGGUAGC